AUGGAUAUCGAUAUGAGCAGAAGGAACAAGAAGCCUCGUCUCCUGUUGGAGUCUGAGCGCGAGCGCCUAGACGAGUUCAUUGACUCGAUUCACUACUCCGCACGAUACUCGGACGACAAGUUUGAAUACCGCCACGUGCAACUGCCGAAGAACAUGCUCAAGAAGAUCCCCGCGGACUACUUUGACAGCGCCAAGGGAACGUUGAAAUUACUUUGGGAAGAAGAGUGGCGAGCGCUCGGCAUCACACAGAGUCUGGGAUGGGAGCAUUAUGAGGUCCAUGAGCCCGAGCCUCAUAUUCUACUCUUCAAGUAA